GGUAGUGUGAAGUAGUAUGAAUUUUUAGGAGCUGGAAACAACCCAGGACUGUGGAAAUUGAGGGUGCAGUAGAGACUGAGUGGGAGGCUGAGGGGUGUGCUAGAAGAGGGGUGAGGGACAGUACCGGAAGAGGGGAUUGAGUGGGAGGGUGGGAUUGGAGCUUUGGGGACUGGAAUAGAGAAGAAUGGGGUUGAGUCUGCCUUUGGGAAUCAGGAGGGAGGCAGGAAUGUCAGGGAAGUGGUGGGGAAGGAAAGAGGGGUUGGGAUGGAGAGGGGGGAAGGGGAAGCAUGAUGGCAAUGGAGGGAAGAGUGAAACGAAUCGGUACUUGAGUGCUAAGCUCUGAGGAGCUGGGAAAGCAUCUGCUAGGGUGUGUGGGUGCUGUGGACUGUGGGGGAAGGUGUGUUCACUGGCUACAGUGGGAUUCGGGGGAGGUCCAGGGGGCUGAGGAAGGUGCCUGGCUGGUACAUAUCAGUUUACACAGCUGUUUGCAAGCAUACACUCCAAACCUGGUAGGUGAGAGCCCUGAGUGUCUGAGCAAGGCAGCAUGGCAAUGUUCCUGGGGGCCAAGAACGCCCACUCAAUUCUCAAACGCUUCCCCCGGGCCAACAGCUUCCUGGAGGAGUUCCGCCAGGGCACCAUCGAGCGGGAGUGCAUCGAGGAGAUCUGCAGCUAUGAGGAGGUCAAGGAGGUGUUUGAGAACAAGGAGAAAACGAUGGAGUUCUGGAAAGGAUACACCAACUCCAUAUACUCCGUCAAGGACCCCGGGCAGGGCACGGAGCGCUCAGAUGCCAUGUAUGUGGUGGUGCCUCUCCUGGGAGUGGCUCUGCUCAUAGUCAUUGCCCUGUUCAUCAUCUGGAGGUGUCAGCUACAGAAGGCCACGCGCCACCGUCCCUCGUACGCCCAGAACCGCUACUUGGCCAGCCGAGCGGGCCGCAGCCUCCCCAGGGUCAUGGUGUACCGAGAGACCUCUCACAGCCAGGGGGAAGGCCAGUCCCAGCGCGAGCCAGGCACCAGGGUGCCUGCUGAUGGCAGAGCAGGAGGCACUCUUUAUCCGCCGGAGCACUCCUUCUCCAUCCUCUCCAGACUGUCUAGCGCCACCCCUCCCCCUUCCUAUGAGGAGGUGACCGGUCACCCGGAGAGCAGCAGUGGUGAGGAAACCUGCAUCUCCUACAAUGACCCACCGCCCAAAUACGAAGAGAUAGUGGGUGUGGCCCCUACCUUGGGCAAAUAGCGGCGCUAGCUCCCUGCGCCUGGACCCUCCUUUUGGUGUGAUUCUCUCUCUCACUUUUACUAGACAAUGCCAUCACGGAAAAGCCUUACCUUCUUCGCUCACCAAAAAUAACCAUCGCUAACGGGGAGGUGGCACCAGAGUCCAGGCUGGGGUGCAGCGGAGAGCAGCCACCGAUGCAAGAAGGCACAAGCCCUGGAAAUCCUCUCUCUCCUGCAGCCACAAGCCAGCUCGCACAGGCUCUGCAUGGAGAGAGACCAGCCCCCGAGAGGCACCCUGGCAGAUUAUGUUAGGUUCCUGGGUGCCUAUGAUCACUGGGGUGAAGGGAUCUCAUAGCAGUGGAGUUCCUCUCCCUGUAUCCCAGCAAAGCCCCAUUUCUUUUUGUAGUGGGAAGAGCGGAGCAGCAUGAACAAAACCUUCCCGAGGGGCAAGAGGUGCUUCCUGCCCACCCCAAACAGGCAGCUCUGCCCGUGUGCCGUGGCACUCACAGAAGCGGGGAGGGGUGCUCUGUGGAGCGCCAGGCUGCGAGAAGGGAGAAUGGCCCUGCUAGCCCUUUCCCAUAAGUGCCGUAACAGCAGGAGAUGAGUGGCAGAUUGUCGCUGGCCCUGUGGGGUUCUCGUCGGUGUGUUCAAUCCAAAAAAUAGGUGUAGUGUCGUCCUGUGUUUGAAACAGCCGCACUGCUGCCUCGGCACCCACCUCAGCCCCACUGCAUAUGCACACGCUGUCCCCAGCACCCAUGACGCUGAGACGCCCGUAGACAUGGGACCAGCGGUCAGACAGACAGGACCUUUUCAAUGUUUCUUGCAACAUCCAUCAAUGGAGCCGAUGAUGGUAUGUGCCUCAGCAAUCCUGUUGUUCCUACAUCUGGACGAGGUCCUGUUUUCCCUGCAUCUGGACUGUGGGAUCUUUGUUCUGGGAGAGGGUAGGGGAUGGUCCUGGCUAUUUCACUGCUCACUUGUUUAGCACUAAUAUUUUAUUUUGCCUUUGGAAGAUUUACUUUUCCUUGGUUUCUUGCCAGGGGUGUGUGUGUGUGUGUGUGUGUGUGUGUGUGUGUGAAAGUCAAUCACUUGAGAUCCCUGCACAGCUUUGCACAAGGGGUGAAACAAAUCCACUCUCUAGCUCUGUUACCUGGAACAGUGAGACAGAUGCAGUUUAUAUCGGCCUCCUCCCUCUUCUCUGCUCAUUCUGCCCACCUGCAUUCUGCAUCGUUGUGAUCUUCUGCGGGAUGCGGCUGCAACCAGGGAGACGUUUUGUGAUCCUGUAUCUUAUUUCCAAAGGGGAAUAUCCCAGGGGCUAGCGCCUGUGUAGAGAAUGUCUCUAGAGGUGGGGACUGGGGUUUGUGUCUCAAUGAUCACUGCUUUUCAUAACAUCUGUUCUAGUGAGCGGUGCUUCUGUAGCAAUUGGGGAUGAGGGCAUUGAGCUGGGAUUGUCCUCUUGUGCCUCCUGUCUCUGUGUAUGGCUGAAGCAGGCGGGCAGUGGUCUGUCCUUUUGCCUUGCAUGACGCCAAAUCAAAGAUUGGUCCUGGCAGAUUUUUAAGGUUCUUCCCUUUCUUUACAUUUGGGGACGCCUCUUCUUCCUCAACCCUUCCCCGUUCCUCCUCCCAGUCCACUGCCAGGGCUCUCCCACAAAUUGGAUACAGUUAAAGAGGAUGUCUUUCCAUCCCUUUCCCCAUCCCACCAUGCUCCAGUUUCCUCUACCAGUGCAGUCUGUGAACUAUCUGCAGAAAGGGAUGCAUUGAACUACAUGCUCACCAGGCUGGAGGCAGAUGCAGUGCAGCAUCCCUGCCAUCCUCCACCCCAGACAUGCUUCCCCAGGUCCAUUUGUCCUGCCUGCAGCUUUGCUUCUGUGGGACCAUCAGCUCUGCAAGGUGAGGAUAUGAGACCGGUCUCCAAGGCGCACAGCAUGAUCUGUGCUGAGGCUACUGUACAGAACCUGCCAAGGCAGAGGGGAAUCCCUGGGGCUUUGUGAGGUCAGGGCGCGCUGACUUGGGACCGUAGGGCCUGGUGCACCUGCCAGGGUCAGGCAAGCCUGGCUUGCUUCAGUGUCUUGUGCUGCCCCUUGCUGCCUUCUGGGGCUCACAGCUGGCAGGGCAGAGCUAGAGGAAGCAGGAGGCACAGAUGAGGGAGAGCAGAGGAACGAGGGAGAGGGGAGAGGGGAAUUGUGGGUGAACAUGCUCUUGUGAAGUAAAGUGGGGGAAAGAGGAACUCAGUGCUGUCCAGCCCAUAACUCAAAGAAAAUCCCUAGACACUCAGAUGCUCUGAUUAGCCAACUGUACCGUGCUGCCAUCAACUCAGGUGCUUUGCAGUGUUUCUGUUCAGCAGGAAGUGCUGUGCAGGGAGUUGUCGGGGCUGGUGGACUCUUACCCUCUCCCAGAGGCUGGGGCUGGCCAUAUGGGUAGGAGGCAUUUUCUGCAUGGUGCGUGUUUGAUACAAGCCAUUACCAAGCUUCACAAAUGUGACUCUCUGUUGAAGAUCCCAUGUUCACAGCACUGUGCUUUAUAUGCAACCAGGAGGUCAAAUCUCCACUCUUUCCUAUGACUUCUGGUCACCUGUAACUGUAAAGAGAUCUAUGAAACAUCACAAACAUACAAAGGCUGCAUAUUGUUGGACAGAUUGUGGUUAAGGCAUAGGACUGGGAGUUAGAAGGUCUGGGUUCUGUUCCUGGCCCUGUCACUGAGGCACUGUGUGACCUUGGGACAGUCACUUACCCUAUCUGUGCUUCAGUUUCCUCCUCCGGAGGGACAGUAUCUUGUGGGGGUGUUGUGAGGCUAAAUUCAUCGCAUGUAAAGUGCCUUGAGAUCCUUGGAUCAAGGUACAAAGGAUCCAGCACAGGAUAAAUGGGCAGAGCUUAGGAAAGUUCCCUAUAAGAUUCUCCAGGUUCUUUUGAGCUUCCUCUGUCUGCAGAGGACUCUUCUCCUUAUGGGUUUAAGAGUGCUUUGGUGCGUGGACAUGGAUUGGAUUAUCUGUGGGGUUUCUCUAGGGUCUGUGUUGAACUUCAGGCUCUAGGGCUACCAAUUUAAAACCAGAAUGCGCUGUCAGACUUUCUAGAGUUGCAGUGCACACUCCCUGUCCCAGCUUCCAUCAGCAAUAGUGGACCUCACGCUCCCAUGCUGCUCCCUCGUAUCUGUUCUUGGGCCCAUUUCAGAAUGCCUGGAAUGUGGAGAAAUUGAGAGUGUGGGCUGGUUUGGCUAAGGCCUGGAUCUCACAGAAUUUUGCCAGCAUUUUUUUUUUUAAAGAAACAGUGUCAGAUGCACUGAUCAUGUUUGGUUUUCUAAAUAUCUUUUUUGCAAAAUCUGUGUUUUAGUCACUGGCUUUUUAUUGGGGUCGGAGCAUUGAGAACUGAACAUCAUGAGUAGUUACAGAGAGCAACUUAAUUAAACAGUGGACCAAAGUCCCUGCUCUUAUGAGGGCACAACUCCAUUGUCCUACACCAGCAGUGAAUUUGGCUGUCUGACUGACAUCACCUUUGUUAUUGUUUCCUGGUGGCCUUUUGCCUCACUCCAAAUUUUUUCCUUCUCUUCCCCCGUCUUCAGAAAACAGAAGCACAAUGAGGACAGUAAAAUCAAAGAGAAACCCCAGCAAAAUGUUUAAUGAAAUCAACAAAAACUGUGUGCCCCAAACUCUUUAAACCUCUUCUGCAGCCCUAUGAAUCUAAAAGCUGCAAUAUUCUGCUAAGGCAGAGGAGUCAGACAGUAAAACUGACAGUGAUCAGAAAGUGACCCAGCGCAGCGGGCCAUGAAGUGCACCCAGUACACAAAUGGCAUAAAGUGAACUCUGUUUGCUUUUAGGAAUCCAAAGUGUUGCUAAUAACACUGGAAGGCCAAUUCUGUCUUGCAGGGUCUGAUAUUUAACAUGAAGGUGUCCCCUUUGGAAAAGUAGCUGCUUACUGGAUCCGAACAAUGGUUCAGCUCUGUUACUUUCUUGAGGAGAAAUGGAUUAUUGGUGAUGUUUGUGUAGUGCCCAUGCGUUGCACAGUGCACUUAUGCCCUGAUUGGUAAAAGGACCCACAGCUCACACUUAGGAUAAGCGUGAAAGGAAUUGCUGAGGGAAUGAAACUGCCCAUACUCCUGUUGCAUGCCAUCUUGGAAAGCAAUCCAGUUGCUUCUCUGAGUUGCACCUCCAACUGGCCCCUUUACAACCCUGCUGGUGAGUUCCUCAUUGCAAGGAUCUCUGUUUAGCAAGGAAGGCUCCUGCUCUCUCCCUCAUGCCCCCCCCCUUGUUGGCAUCCCCCCACUGUGGUGGUCUCACUGCUAGUCCAGCACUGCCAUCCCUGUAAUGUUACCGAGCACAAAUCUCCCCCCACGAGCACCUGAAAGGACAUUUCAGCUGGGUGGAAACUCCCGUCACUACAUAUACCGCUCAACUGUCCAAGGUUUGCCUCUGGCCCAAGCACAUCCUGUGUUCUCACUCAUUCAUGCUGGAAAAUGUCUGAUAGUAGAAAGGUGGACUCAGGAAACAGGGAAAAUGUUAUUUCUGUUCCAGGCACCACGCUUGCAUUGUUUGCAGAUGUCUGCACUCCUGUUUGUUGUGUCUCUCUCCUGGGUCUGUGUUCCACACGUGGGCCUUAGCGGGCUGAGAGGUAUAUAUGGUCUAUAUAUAUGAUCAGGAUCCACCGGAGCCUGAAAAGGAACAGAGGGAGAUAGAUGGGAAUUUCUUCCCCUCUCUCUCUGUAAUAUUCACAGUAAUUAACCCUGCAGUUUGUAUUCUGUAAAACUUGGUAUAUUUCUGUGCCAAAAUAUUAUUUAUUAAAAAAAAAACACUGUCAAA